UUCAACAUGGCGGCGGCCAGCUGUUAAACCAGACUGAGCGUCUUCUGUAUUUUUCCAUGCAAAUACAAAAAACACAACUCGUCAGGGGACGCAAUUUUUUUUAUUUUAUUUUUUCCAGACAGUACAACUACCGCUCACUAUUAAGAGUGGAGGACCUGGAGGAUUUCAUCGUUUCGCUAUGGAGGAAGACAGUAGCAACCUGGACAACCAAACUUCUAACUCCGACAAAAGAAAAGAAAACUCUUCUGCGGGAACGGGCGAUCUAAACACCACCGACAUACAGGUCAGUGUCCUCGAGUCAAUAAACAGGAAAUUGGAUAAUGUAGGCACACUACUUCACGAAAUAAAAGAUCUAAGAUGUAGUCUUGAGUCACAACUCCACAGCACUACUCUCCUCGCAGAUGAAUACAAUCCAAAAAAAAACAAAAAAACAAAAAAAAAAACAGAAAACGUAGAAACAAACCUUACUCGACACCCAACGCGAAAUAUGUAAUAUUUAUCUGGAAUACCCAAGAACACAAGUGAAAACCCAGAAACACUCCCCAAAUAGUUCAUAAGCUCUACGCUGCAACUCCUGUAAGAAAAGAGACAUUUCACUGUGUACACCAUAGGUGUCAAACGUGCAGCCCGCGGGCCAAAAGCGGCCCGCCAGAUGGUCUAGUUCUGGCCCACAGCAUGAAUUUACAAAGAGCAAAAAUUACAUAUGACUGCAGUCUUUCAAUGAAAUAAGAGAAGUAGACACAACACAACACUAGGACCUAGGACUAAACAGCAGACAGCAAUGUGCUAAACUGCACAUAUUUUUCUUAAGAUAUUUCAGUUUUUUAGGGCAUAUUUUAUUAAGUAAACAACAAUUGGAAAAAAAUCUGGAGUUGUUGUUACUUAUAGCUUAUUGUGUUGUUAUAUUACUGGUCCGGCCUGCGUGAAAACAGAUGUGGCUGUAUGUGGCCCUUGAACUAAAAUAAAUUUGACACCCCUGGUAUACACUGUCUAGGAACCCACACUGGAACAUUUCAAAUAAAAGGAUUUUAUGCGGAGUAAAGGGAGAGAGCUGAAAGAAACCCUGUAAUACAUGUGCAUUACAACUCUUCGAGUUCAUAAGCUGGAACAUUUGGGGCAUCGGGUCACUUGUAAAACACACACAAGUCCUGAAUCGCUUGCAAAUCUGAACCCUGGUUUCUGCCUUCUACAGGAAACACACCUCACAGCACCAGAGAGUCUCAAACUCAUGACAACAUGGAUAAAUCUUUUUUUAUUUUUUGUGUAACUCAAAAAUUAAAAAGGAGGAGCUGCUAUUUUGCUAAACAAAUACAUCCCAUACCACAACCAGACCUCAAUAACAGACCCGGAGGGCUGUUUUAUCAUGAUUGAUGGUACAUUGGAAACAUUAGGAUAACAAUAGACAACAUUUAUGGACCUAAUACCUGACCUAAUAACCCUCACUUUUCCUUACAGUAUUCUCACAUCUCACAGAUUUAUCAGACUAAAUGCAGUAGGGGGAGACAUUAAUACAAUCAUUGACCCUAAUUUUGGUCAAUCAAAUCUUAAAAGCACCCACAGAACAUGACACUCAUCAAAUAUCAUAAAACAAUAUACGGAGGAUCUCACACGUGCGAUUGUUGGCAAUUUAAAAACCACUUACAAAAAUAAUAUUCAUACCAUUCACCCCUGCAUAAAAGUUACUCAUGCUUUGACUUUUUCUUGGUUUUUCUUGACACAUUUUCAGAUGCAAAACAGAAAUCACUGUUUUCCACACAGCGCCUGAAUCUCCUCUUCUCCUCGGAUGCAGAGCAGUUUGCGGAUCUCACGAUCUUGGCAGUGUGCGGCCAUGAACGAUAAAAAAAAGUGUGCCAUAGCACUCAUGCAUUCCCCGAUCGGUGCAAUUUCUUGAACAUGACUUAGGGCUAAUUCGCCUAUGCACUUCCAUUAACGGUCAUGUAAUGACACAUUUUAAAAAAGAUCGGUCUCUUAUGGGAGUAGACCAAAACUGUUUUUGAGCUGUGCGUAGCCCUGGAGCUUCUACAAUGACACAGUCUGACAGGCCGUCCACUGCCAAAUUUAGAAUGUGACAGGCAUCAACGUCAUCUGGUAAAUUAGUGGGUCAACGCGGCAUUCCUAUUUACAAUGAAGCCAAGCUGCGCUGAUAAAAUCCUGAGUGGAUUGCCGGGUCAUUCGACUCGGUUAUUCUCUGAUGUGAAAGGGGCUUUAGUAAUUCCACUAUAUUUCAAAUUAAUAACCCAGUAAUCCAUCCUAUAUUAUCAUAGAUACUAUGGGAUCAGCAUGAGUAAUAACAAAUAAUUACACAGCGUUUCACACUUCAGUGGGGCACAAGUCUAGGACGUCGGCUGUCCGCUAUUAUUUGCCAUUUUUGUCGAACCUCUUGUAGCUGCCAUUCAUCCAGCCACUGGCAUUACAGAAAUGCAAACACACCUUUCUCAUCACAAAAUCAGUCUAAAUGCAAAUUACAUCCUAUUAUAACCUCCCUUCCAAAAGUUAUAAAUAUUAUAUCCUCAUUCUCAAAUAUCUCUGAUUGUUCUAUUCUAUUACUCUUCUAUUUGGUAAAAGUCUAAAAUCCUUCCAAACUGUCAGGAAGGCUGGAAUGCUGUGGCUGGAAAGUUCCCCUUAACAAUAACGGGUAACGUCAAGUAUCUUGGCAUCAAUGUCUCCAUCAAGCUGUCAGAGCUGUUCUCCCUGAAUUUCACACUACUACAAAGUAAAGCACAAUACCUCACUGUCUGGAAGAGUCUACCUACAGUAUCUCACUAAUUGGCAGAAUAGCAGCAAUAAAUAAGCAUCCUACCUAAAAUAAACUACCUUUUUUUCUAUAACCCCAGUCCAAGCUACAUCCUCUUGCUGCCUCAAACUUUAGACUGUCAAAUCCAACCAGUAUUUAUUAUACAAAAUGUGAAUUGCAGAAAAUAAUGACUGUUAGCACUGCACAACAAAUGCUAUAGAUGAUUACUUUUAUGCCAUGUGGCUCUGCGCACCAACUCAAAAACUUGUUACAAAUGUUACUAAUACUUUAUCACUAGCUGUAGGUUGCAAUAUUCCAGCCUUAAAUGAACAACCCAUAUUGUUUGCUCUAACAAUCCUCCUGAAUUGGAAACAAAUAUCUCAGUGGCAUCUUCUAUUAUCUAAUCAUAUCUCGACAAUAACAUUAAACAACAAUAAGAUCAGUUCCUUCCUUUGGGCAUAACUCACAAAUAUCACUAUUGGACUCUUGAUAAAUAAUUAGGUAAUACACACAGGCACAAACACACACACACACUGGUGUGCAGGUGUCUUUGCCGGUACCACCCAUAUAAAUGAUUUAUUGAGACCUUUGUUAUUAGUAUUAGAGUUAUUUUUCUAUUUUUUAUGUGUUUUCUCACCUCUUCAAACACACUCAGAACUACUUCAAAAACAAUAGUAAUUGUACCUAAAUAUCUCUUUUAAAUACCCCCCACCCCACCGCCCUUAUACAUCCUGAAUACCUGUUAUGCGACUAUGGAGAAAUCAGCAGAUAAGCAUAACAUUUUACUGAAUGGCCUAAAACUGGAAAGUGAUCUGUUUAAUUGGUUUUGUAUCAUUUCUUAAGCACAUAUUAUAGUAUUUGCUAUGAAAAACUACUUCUCUUUCAAGAAUAAUAAUAUAUUAUGUUCGGUGCCGGUGUCCAUGUCAGUGUCAAGAGUCAAAAGGCUUGCUGUUGCUUUGACUUUUGACUAAUACACUCAAUGAGCUACUUAAUACGCCUGCACAUCAAAGUCCAUCCAAAUGUCCCCAUAUACUCACUAAAUUUAAUAAAAUUAAAUCUAAAUUUGUUAUCUCAUUGAUACUUUUAUGAAGAGUUCAAAUGCUGAUUUGAUGUAUUGGACAGUAUAUCUGUGUAUGUAAAUAGUAUAUUGGGCUGGAACCAUUUGAUGAUGACAUUGGUGGCUGACAAGUCCAACCUAUGUUUCAUAUAGCGAGCUGGACAUCUUUCCAUUUUUAGAAGGUAGUGUGUUUACUGGUGGUUUAGAGUCGUCUCAUCAGAGGAGGAGGUGUCAUUAUCAGGGUCGUCCUCAACAUUGUCCUCUGUCCCAGACACAUUCUCACAUUGAGAGAGAGUGGAAAAACAGAGCACUAGUGUGUUAAAGCCUGUUCCUUUAACAAACCAAGCAAGAAGAGCAUUCAUUUGCAUUAUAUACUUCCUGUACCCACUUCUCUCUUCUUGAAAAUACACAGUGCAAAGUGCGAUCGUUCUUCUUUGACUCAAGCUUACCGUGUCUUGAACAGAUAAUGGAGUCAGUCAUUAGACUUGAGGCUGUUGAGUCUCAUUCCACUGUCCCAUUGACUCCUGCUGCCUUUGUUCCUCCGACACUGAGAGGUGGUGAGUGUUACCAUGUCUUUAUUAGUUACAGCAGCACUGACUACCAAUGGACUCACUUCCUCAUUGACCAACUGGAGUCCUGCGACCUGCAGAUCUGCUACCACGAGCGUGACUUCAUUCCUGGUCGCACAGUUUUAGAGAACAUGUCCGAGUGCAUUCAGGAGAGCCAGAAGGUCUUGCUGGUUCUUAGUCAAGAGUUUGUGAGGAGCCGCUGGUGUCUCCUGGAGGCCAACAUGUCCAUGUUCAGAGACUGUCUGGAGAGGAAACCCAUCAUCCCAGUGCUGCUGGAGCCGGGAGUCUUGGUUCCUCUCCACCUCUGCCACCUCACCUAUCUGGAGGCCGCUGAUACCGACUUUCUGAAUAAGCUGCUGAAGGUGCUGUGCACUCCCAACCAGCAGCUGCAGGGCUCCACUGUGGUGCCUUUCCAGCCUCCGUCUAUCUACAAUGGGAAGGCCCUGCAGCCACUGACUGCUGUCAAUGAAGAGGGACUCAAUAAAUGGGAUUCUGGUCAGUUCAGUGACAUGGAGGUGCCGGACCAACUGCGUCUGAUCAUCGAGGACCAAGAGAAGUACAGAGAGGCUGUGAGGAUGAUCAACAGUGUUUCACAAAAUAAAAUGUGGCUGCGCCCUCUCUGGAGUCGAGUACUUAUCUAUGUCAUUGGUGUAAUUUUUUUCUUAAUUUUGGUAGGUUUUUUUACAUAUAUGGCAUUUAUAUCAACCUAUUUCAUAUAUGCAAACCUUUCCUUACCGGACACGAGCAGGAUUCGAGUUCUGGUAAUUGUCUUCAUCACUUUCUACUUUGUUCCUAUAGGGCUGAUGAUUCAGAUCACUCUCUGGAAAAGGGACGAUGAGAAGUACAUUGUGAGGGAGAUGCAGAAAGCUAUAGGUCAGGCGAACAGAAUCCUCUCAGAGGAGAAGGUGUUAAUGGGCUGUAUGUCCAAUUCAAAGAUAUAUCUGGUGUAUGUAUCCCUGGAUGGUUGCAAACAGGAGUUUACAGAAUCAUUUUCUGAUCUGGUUUCUGCUGAGGAAAUGUUUCACAGGGCAUUGCUUUUCUUCUCAUCGGGUUAUGCCUGCUGCCUUGCCAAAAAACACUUUCCCUUUCCCCAGCCCAACGUUGGGGGACACCUGGAGGGAGGAGUGUGUUUCUGUCAGUAUGUGUCUGAGCAGCUGAGAGCAAAGUCAUGGUUAUAGCAUCAGCUUUUAUAGCCUAUCAUUUGUCACGCAUUUAAUUUCUUGAAUAAAAACACAGAACAUGUGAGAAAGAGGUUCAGUGUUCGAACAGGUAAAGCUAUUUAUUUAAUUAGUCUUCGGUCUCACUCUUGCUCUAAGUUGCAUUUUAUCACACAUGAACCAUUUAACGCACUUUUAAAAAGGAGGAGGGGUUAAUGUAUACUUAAUGAUAAGUGGACUGAGUGUAUAAAUUAGAUUAGAUGUCAGAGUGAUGAAAGGGUAGAGCUGUAUGUUUCUUUAAAUGGAUAUUUGUUGCUGAGCUGAAGACAUAAAAAACACGUUCAUUCACAAACAAUUUGCAUAAUUAGCAUUUACUGGUGAAACCAAAUGUGGCCCAUUAGUCACGAGUAAGUUGACUUAACAGUAAACUGAAAUGGGACUCCUUUGGUUUUCUGUGAGUAAUGCCAAUGUGCACUGCUCACUAGUACAAGCAAGCAGGCAGAGCUAGCAGAUUUCAUUCCAGGUGAAGCACAGUGUGCACAGACAAAAUAUUACAUAACUAACCAGAUUUGAGGCCAGAAAAAACAGACAACUGAAAGCUGCUGCUAAAAAGUAACGUCUUUAGUUUAGUUUUAAAAGAUACACCUAAUAUGAUUGGGUAGCAUGUCUCAGUGGCUUGGAGCAUAAAAAUAAAUGCAAUUACACUGGUUUUCCAGGAAACCUGAAGAAUAAUAUUCGACGGCCUGUUGCUGCUGACCUGAACAGUUUAGCUGAUUCAUAGUUCAUGUCGAGGAUAUACUGGGGUGCCCAAAUCAUGUACAACCUCAACAACAUUCAUUAAAAUAGCGUCGCAGAGAUCCCCUUAAUGUAAGCUUCAUCUUCUUUGUAAAUAUAUGGGUUAUUAUUCAGUCAGAGUCUGAAUUGAUGUUUAAUAGGAUUUCCAUGCAUGGCUGCUGUGUUCGUCUUCUCAUAUAAUCAUUACUAAAUGUCUAAGAGUUCAGCGUUUCAGUAUGAGUGUGAGCUUUACUUGAUAGUGGAAUUUUUAAGGUGGUAAAAAAGGUUAAAAACCUGUUACAUUUGAAAAAACACAAACUGACGAGGUACUCUGCAGUUGAAAGCCAUGUUUUAUAAUCGUCUCUGUAGGUGUUUAAUUGUGUCUGUAAGUAUUCAUCAUUUCUAAUUUUCCAAUUUGUGUCAGCAGUCAUAUAUUUGUGUCUGAGCAUUUUUAAUCCCAUUUCAGUUUCAAAUGACUUCAUUAAAAUAUAUUACUUUGCAAACAGUG